AUGCCACAUAUGCGCGAGGUCAAGACGUGCGACCGUUGCCGUCACUUCAAACGUCGCUGCGACCUCAUCAAACCCUCUUGCUCGCGGUGUAUACAAGCCGGUGUCCGCUGCAGCUUCCAGGCCGCCGCCGCCUCUACUGCCGGCUCCGCCGCCUCGGGCUCCCAGCCUUCCGCUGUCGCCGCUUCCUCCUUGAAUCCCACCGCCAACGGCGCCAACAGCUUCACGACCUCGCCUGGCCUCAAGUAUGAGGAGCAGUCCGACAGCCUCUUCGGUCUCAUCUCCCCCUCCAACUCGACCGAGGACGCCGAAGCCCAGCGCGUAGCAGCUGCCGCCGCUGACCAACCCGACAAUGCCACGCAGGCUGCUGCCGCCGCUACCCAGCGUGUCGUUCGCAAGCGCAAGCGUAAUUGCUCGAGUUGCCUCCGCUGCCAUCGCCUCAAGGUCAAGUGCGACAAGGAGCUGCCGUGUGGCCGUUGCAAGUCGAGCGGCAACGGUCGUGAAUGCUACUACAGCUACAAUAAGGGUCCUAACGGCGGCAAGUUCCCCUGUCCUACGGUUCCCAUGACCACAGCUCGGUCGUCAGGCACCGAACUCACAAAGUCAACCCAAGCCUCAUGGGAGAUAAGCCACGAGCCCCGGGGGUCAAGCCACUGGACUGACCUGAUGACCAAGAUUGGCGCCCUCACAACCGAAGACUCACCACUCCUGGGAGCCGCCCUGGAGAACGUCGCCACAAACGCCUGCCUCGCCAACUUUACUCUCCCGGGGAACUUCCCAUUUGGCACGCCGGGCGCCACCAAAUACUAUGCGCGCGACGCCGUGACGAGACUGAUAGAAAGCGAACGACCCCAUUGCCAAGAGUACAUAGACCGUUACGUCAGACUCCUCGACUACGUCAACCCCAUCCUUGACGUCCCCAAGUUCCAGAAGGAGCUGGCUGCUUACUGGGAGGACCCCAACUCGGUCAGCCUCUGUUGGCUGUCCCAGCUCCUCAUGGUCCUGGGUCUGGGCGCCUUUGCGACACCGACCCGCGAGGAGCCCAGCGUGGCCACGGAACUCAUGAUGGGCGCCGAGGCCUGCCUGAUGCAGACCCCCUUCAUGUUUCGCCCGACCUUUGCAGCCCUCAAGGCCACCUGCCUUAUGGUGGUGGCCAAGCAGGUGUGCAACCCGACGUGCUGGUUUGUCGACUCGUGCUGGUCGCUGCUGGGCCUGCUGGUACGCAUGUGCUUCAUAUUUGGCCUACCCCAGGACAAUAUCGAAGGUCUGUCGCCCGAGGACCGAACGUCGCGCCGCCGGCUGUGGAUCAGCAUCAUCUACCUCGACAUCAAACUGUCGAUGCCGACGGGCAUGCCGCCUCUGACACGGCCCAACGAGCUUCACGGACUCGAAACCAUGCCCGACCUGGGCGAGCACAGCGGUCUGCAGCAGGUGCUGGCGCAGUCGCUGCCUCUGGUCCUGUCCAUCAUGGUGCGGCUCAACUCGAGUGGCGAGGACAUACCCUACGACGAGGUGCUGCGGUACAAUUCCCAGAUCCGCACUCUCAUGGCGCACGCCAAGAAGCUCUGCACGAUCCGCCUGCAGUUCAUGACAGUCGACAUCUACCUCCGCCGAUGCCUCAUGGUGCUCCACCGACCGUUUGCUCUGCAUAUCGAGGGACCCACCCGCUUCCCCGAGUCGUACUGGUCGUCGCUCGAGUGCUCCCUGGCCGUGCUGAUGCACUACCGCGAGCUGUGGUACGAGGACCCCACCCACCGCUACGACCUCGUCGGCCGCGCCUUCACCCACGAGUUUUUCUCGGCCGCUCUGCAGGCUAGCGUCCACGUGCUCCGUCGGGACGCCCCCCUUGCCGGCGCGGCAGGCGUGGGCUGCAAGAUUCCCCCGCGUCAGAUCAUCCUCGAUACGCUGAGUAGCUGCGUUGACAUUUGGAAGGGCGAGCGGGAGAAGAGUGUCUGCUGGCGCACUUCAUACAACUUGCUCAGUGCCAUUGUGGACCUCUUGCCAGAUGCGGAUCAGGAUGGUGGUGAGGACGGUGGUGAUGGCGAUGGUGGUACCACUGACACAGAGAUGGGGCCUCCUCCUGAAAUUCAUGGCAUGCAUGAUGGGACGUAA